AUCACUUCCAUCCCUGGUGCCAGACUGGAAGAUUUUGUGUCUGACUACUACUCUGUCCAUAAUUUUAAGCUUGCAUAUCAAGGUUCCAUCCCUUGCAUUCCAGACAAGAGCAUGUGGCCCACAUCCAACCAUGGAUUCUUCAUGCACCCUCCACUACUUAGGGCAACAGCAGGAGGAAGAAGGAAGAAUAGGAUGAAAGGGACUUUUGAAGGUGGUAGCAGCCAGAAGGAUAGAAGGCAUCAGUGCCCAAUAUGCUAUCAGAAAGGGCAUCAUUGGGAAACCUGUAAGAAUGGGAAGCCUGAAGACAUAGCUGCAAUGAUAGCUGAAAGGGGUGUGCCAAAGAAAAGGCUUCGAGCAGCCGCAGCAGCAGCAGCAAGAGCAAACACAGAGACUAGCAUUGUGGUAGCUACUCCAUCAGUCAUGCAAUUCCCAAUAAAUGAAGCUGUACAAAGGGCAGCAGCAAAGAAAAGGGAGAGACAGGCAUCAUCUUCUUCUGGAGCAAAGAAAACCAAGAGAUCUAGAAGUACAAGUUCAUCAACUAGAGAGUCUGGAAGUGGAUCCAAUGAGCCUGUUCCAUUGCAGUCUGUGAUCCUAGGUCCUGUCAUUGAGGACGCUUUUGCCACAGUCCAGUUAGAGGCGCAGGAAACUACACCGAAGAGGAGGAACGCCAUCAUGAAGAAGCUGACCCCAAAGAGGCUCCCUCUUGCAUCAGGCAGCCCAAGUAGCCCAGCUUCCAAUACCAGGAGCAAGAAGAAGCUAGAACUGCAGUGAAAGGUAAUAUGAUGGCAUGUAUUUUGCUCUGUGAUGCCAUGCCCAAUACUUUUGGAUGGAUGAAAACCGGAGCUUUUGGUUUGAUGGAUGAACACUCGAUCUUUUGGUUGCAUGGAUGCAAACUCAAACUAGUUGUAAUGUACUGUGAUGGCUUGUGUGAUGGCUUCUGAGCCAUUUGUAAACUGGGACUAAAUAUUAUGUGAACUCGUGGUGACUGUUGAGAACUUUGUUUCAAUGUGUUAGCUAUGAUGACCUCUAUUGUCUUAGUAAUGUU